AUGGGUCAGAAGAACCAGACAGUGGUGGCCGAGUUCUAUUUCUCCGAUUUCCCUCCAUUUGAGAACAGCAGCCUCUUACUUUUUGUUCCCCUGCUGUUUAUUUACCUGUUCAUUAUUGUUGGAAAUUUCACGAUCUUCUGUGCUAUCCGGUUGGAUACACGUCUCCACAAUCCCAUGUACAAUUUCAUCGGCAUGUUCUCCUUCCUGGAGAUCUGGUACACCACAGUGACCAUCCCCAAGAUGCUCUCCAACCUGGUCAGUGAACAGAAGACCAUCUCUUUCGUUGGCUGCCUCCUGCAGAUGUAUUUUUUCCACUCGCUCGGAGUCACAGAAGCCCUGGUCCUCACCGCGAUGGCCAUCGACAGGUACGUGGCCAUCUGCAACCCCCUCCGCUACGCAGUCAUCAUGACCCCUCGGCUGUGCAUCCGGCUCUCCGCCGGCUCUUGCCUCUUUGGCUUCCUUAUGCUGCUGCCAGAGACAGUGUGGAUUUCCACUCUUCCCUUCUGCGGCCCCGACCAAAUCCAUCAGCUCUUCUGUGACUUUGAACCCGUGCUGCGCUUAGCCUGUGCAGACACGUCCGUGAUUCUUGUUGAAGACGUGAUCCAUGCUAUUUCCAUCCUGACGUCUGUGUCUAUCAUCAGCCUUUCAUAUCUGAGAAUCAUCGCCGUGAUCCUGAGGAUUCCUUCAGGAGACAGCCGUCAGAAGGCGUUCUCCACCUGUGCGGCCCACAUUACUAUUUUCUUGCUGUUUUUUGGUAGCGUGGGCCUCAUGUACCUGCGUUUCUCUGUCACAUUCCCACCUCUGCUGGACAAGGCCACCGCCCUAAUGUUUGCUGUCCUUGCCCCACUUUUCAACCCAAUAAUCUACAGUCUGAGGAACAAGGACAUGAAAGAUGCCAUCAGGAGAGUUCUGUGUUUUCAGGAAAGGUCUAAUGUCUCCGGUAGCCUGUGA